UCCUCCGCUGCGGCACCGCCGCGCGGGCGGCGCGACCUGGUCCAGGCCUCCCCGAUCCCGGGUGGGGAUCGAUCGCACCUGUUACGAGGCGUGCCAGGACACACCUGUGCGGCGUGGUCCAGCGGCGUUCCUCGAGGACGUCAGCCCUCCUCGACUCUCGAGGGCCGCUUGUGGAAGGGCGUUUGUUUUGGACCCUCGCUACUUCAGGCACGCGACACGAUUACUCUGCGGUCGAUGCCGCGACCGGAACUCCGGACAACUGGAUGCGGAAAGUGCCCCUGAACGAUGAUCUCUCGGAUCAGCUUUACUCCUUCUUCCUGUGCCUGGAGCAGACACUGACGAUAUGGACACAGUAUGGCUUCAGCACUCUGGCAUGCCUCUGGGAGUAGUUUCGUUUCACUCGCCGUCCUCGCUCUCCUGCUAUUUUGUCCACGGACCACCACAGCCCAUGAGGUUGUCAAUGUGCCACUGCCACAGCAGGACUACGUUCCGUCACUGCCACCACCACCGGGACCAUUCACCACUGCCAAAACUCCAAAGUGCGACCAGAAAUUCGUGAGCAGUCCCGAUGGCCUGCAAAAUGGAACUUUCCAAGCCCCGACUUUGAUCAAUCCAGACAGGGAGCCUCGACAGUGCGUUUACACUUUUCUGGCCCAGCCUCAUGAACGGGUCGAGCUGGUUUUCACGAAUUUCGGACUUCGAGGAACACCGCCGGAUGGAUCGGCCGUUGGAGAGCUACCCGCUUGCUUCCACGAAUAUAUGGACGUUUACACGGAGAUACGAUCGGAGAAUACGACUAAGCUGAUAGAGACGCCAUUCGGGGGUCGUUUCUGCGGCCCUAUUCCACCUCGAAGACGAGUCUCUCUCUAUCAAGGAAUCGCCCUUAGCUUCUACUCCGAUAAGAACAUCACCCUGCCGGAUCUCUUCGGGGGUCGCUACACCUUCAUCAAUGCAUCCGAAUACGAAGUCGGGACACCGGAGCCGAGCAUGCCGUGCAGCUUCACGGUAGAUGCGGAACACAAACGCAGCGGAAAUAUACUCUCGCCGACGUAUCCUGGGACGUAUCCCAAGGACCUCGUCUGCAGCUAUCAGUUUAUCGGGAAGCCUGGUCAGAGAGUCAGGUUGGAAUUUCGGGAUUUCGACCUCUUCUUCGGAGGACCUCACUGUCCUUUCGACUACGUCAAGGUCUACGAUGGAUCCAACGAUACAUCCGCCGUAAUCGGCACUUAUUGCGGCCAGCAACGAAAUCUCGUGCUCUACUCGUCGGAGGCCAAUCUCUUCGUCUUAUUCGUCACCCUGGAACGCACGGCCAACACACAGAACCGCGGCUUCAAGGGCAUCUUCGAGUUCUCGGAGAGCUUCGUCAAGCUCGACUUCAUCGUCAACUAUGACGGCGAGCACAUCCGGGGAUCCGAGUGCGACCAGAAGAUCCUGAGUAAAAAGGAGUCCUCAGGGUUUGUGGUCAGCCCGAAUUUCCCCUACCCUUACGUCCCAAAGGUCGUGUGUCGAUACUUCAUCUACGGGAUGCAAGAUUCUCAACACCUGGAGCGGGUUCGGCUCAACUUCACUCAGUUCGAGAUAACUAAGGGCGAGACCAAGGGAGACUCGGCCUGCACCGAUGGGUACCUGAAGCUGUACUUGAAGGGCCAGGAGGCGACGGAUUCCUACGACAAAUUCGACUAUGAACUUUGCGGCAACAGUAUUCCGAGCCAUGUAGUUAGCGAUGGGCCGCGGCUCGUUAUGGUCUUCAGCAGCGGAGAGUUGCAGGGCAGGGGUUUCAAGGCGAGGUACAACUUCGAGACCGAAUACAGGAUACCUGGCACGGCAGCUCCCGAUGGCAGCUGCCUCUUCACUUAUCGCAGUUCCUCGCGCAAGAAAGGGGAAUUCAAUUCCCCUAGAUAUCCUAGUAAUUACCCCAGCGACACGGAUUGCACCUACCUCUUCCUGGCGACGCCCAACGAGCAGGUUACCCUGGUCUUCGACCACUUCAAGGUCCGCACGAGGAACACGAACCUGACCGUUGGCUUUUACGGCUCCCAACUCUGCCAGGACGACUGGGUCGAGAUCUACAACAUGUACCGCGACAACACCGAGAAGCUGAUCGGCAGGUACUGUGGAAUGACUUCUCCUGGCCCUGUCGAGUCCAACCUGGGAGCUCUGGGCUUGAAAGUCAUUUUACACUCGGACUCCGAGCUGGUGUAUAGCGGCUUCAAGGCUCGCUACACCUUCGAGGUCGCCAAGUCCAUCUUCGGAGACUGCGGCGCCAAUAUCAGCAGCCUGGACUACGGGAUGAUCACCAGUCCCAACUUCCCCAACAAGUACGACGGACCUGCUCGAAAUCUGGCCAGUAAAACCUGCAACUGGUUCAUCAGCGUCAAGCCGAACCACCAGAUCUUGCUCAACUUCGAGCUCUUCUCCGUGGAGGGCGAACAGUCGGUCCGAGGCUGUCCAGCUGCGGUUCUAAGAAUGUGGUCCUCAGUGUCGGAUCCGCCAAUCGAAUUGUGUGGAGUCAAGACUCCCGACACCAAGUGGACCUACCUCUCGGAUGACAACAACAUGCGCCUUAGCUUCAUCUCGGCGGACAAGGCGGUCGGUCAGCAAGGCUUCCGAGCUGUCUGGACGGAGGUGACCGUCGGCGAAGAUUGCCCGAGCCAGUUUUUAUGCAGCAGAAACAAAUACUGCAUAUCGGAGAGACUUCGCUGCAACGCGAUCGACAAUUGCGGCCCUGAAGACACGUCCGACGAGGAGAACUGUAAAAUGGUGGCUCCGCCGGACAAUUACGCAGUUCCCGUGGGGUGCGCGGCAGGUGCCGUCCUGAUGGUGGUGCUCCUGUGCCUGGUGUGUCACCAGAGGUUGAGGAGACGAGGUCGCGAGGUGCCGAUCGACGACCUGGAGCAGCGGGUAAAGGAUCGCCGACUCUGCUACCACCACCACCACAGCCUGCUGCACCAUCACCAGAGCCACAACCAUGGGCACAGCCAUGGGUUCAGUCAGUACCAGCUGCAGCAGCCCAGCCCGCCCAGCGAGUCGGAAGUGGAGCACGUUUGUGCGGACGAAAGGGACGACCAGGACGAGCAGGACGAGCAGGAGGAACAGGACGAGGCCAGCAGCCCGGACAGCGUGUGACCGUGGUGUCUGGUUCUAAGAUCGACUCGGUCUUCCUGGCGGUUGUCUUUGAAGGUGUCGCUGGUUCCGCUGGAUUCGAUGAUCCUAUUGAUUGUACCGGUCCCAAUGGUCCGGUCCAUGGUUCCAUUGGUACCGCUGGUACUACUGGUUCCUCUGAUUCCGAUGAUCCCAUUGCUUGUACCGAUUCUAAUGAUCCGGUUCAUGAUUCCAUUGGUAUCGCUGGUCCUACUGGUUCCACCGAUUCCGAUAGAUCUACUGAUUAUAUUACUUGUACUGGUUACAGUGGUCUUGUUGAUAGAGGUUCUAGUGGUUCCGCUGGUACCACUGGUCCCUUUAAUCGGAAAAGCCUCAACGACUCCAUCGAAUCCAGCGGGUCCAUCGCCACUCUUCGCCGCGUUCCUUCCAGGACUCUUAUCUAAGUCGUUGUUGUUAUCGCUGUCCAUCGAGGGCAGCCGAAGAGGCCCCGGUUGUCCCACCUCCUGGUGGACACCUCCUUCGAGUGGCCAAGAUCCGAUUUCUCGAGAACCUCGAGCCCUGCGAGACGUAUCUCGUGUGGCGUUACACGAGUCUAUGCGUACUAGUAUAGGAACUCGAAUCGUCAUUUUUAGGGCUACUCUGAUUUUACGCUCUCAAGGCCUCCUAAGGUGGAGGGAAGCGUCUCCUCGUCGUACAGGAACUCGAAUUAAAGGGUUUCAUUGUAUGAGCUUCUUCGGGGACGCUCGAAAACCCGAGAGGGGGGAGCCUCGAAAUUGUUCCUUUGUGCUCGAGGCUCUGCGAGGAUUGUUUCUACUUAUAUUUCGGGAACGAGAGAGGGGCGAUCUUGAAGAAGCUGGGUGGAUUUUGCAACCGUCAAGGGACUCGUCAGGGAAUCGAGCGACCGAUGUACCCUGAGGAAGGUCUCGAGGUGCGUCUCGAAGACGUCACGGAUUUCUUUUUCCCUUCGUACGGCGGGAUUUCGGGACACUCCACGAUUGUACAGACCGGAUCGAGUUUGCUCCGAUUCCGUUUUCCUCGCUGCUAGUCGGCUGAAUGGUCUGGAGGUUUCGGGAAUGGAAUAUGGAAAUUGUAUGGAAAUCCGAAGGGACUCGGGGACGGUGCUCGGCACUCUUGGCCUUGCUUUUACACGAAAUUUCACCGACUUUUGAUAUUUGUACACAGACUUCUGGAUGAGAAUGGGCGGGCUCGGAUCAAGCUCAAACUUCACUCGAUGCUCGUAACCUAGGACUUGGAAAACGCGUCGACUGAUAUGUGUAAUCCGUUUUUUAAAACGCGCGGCUCGACGCCGAGGAGGGGAUUUUUAAUUUAACGAUAGGAGCAAUUAAUGAGACCUCGCGUUUGCGGGGAAAGAAAAAGAACAAACGAGGGGAGCCUUUUCUAAAGAGCCUUAUCCACGCGAGGUCGAGGUUCUAAGGUGGGACAAAAAACUGGCAUCCAAGAGGUCUAUCGUUUGUUAAACUUUUCCACAAACUGGGCCUUACCGAAUCUAUUAAACCUUCACAACGCGAAUGUGGAGGCUGUAAGGAAGGUCCUGACACUCAUGAAAUUUCAUUUUUUAUAACAAAUUAAAAAAAUACCUCUGAACAAAUUUAAAAAAAAGUUGAAACUCCAUCAGUUUCAGGACCUUUCUUAGACCCUGGAUUUUUAUCAUUGUAAAGUUUUAGACAAUUCCGUACAUUCAGUUUGAAGAAAAGUAUCAUGAACCAUUUACCCCUCGGAUGCCACUUUCAUGUCCCCUUAACGUCUGGCAUGGCGAUUGUGUAUUUUUUUUUUCUUAUCACUAUGCACGCUUUCCUUCGGACGCUGUCAGCGCGCAGAAUCAGAGUAGGACAGAUAUAGGCGUAAGCAUGAGUGUUGGUCUAACUCUAAGGGUCUAAAGCGAGGUAACGAUCGCCGACCAAUGUGGCGAUAUAAGAGCGCUAAUCAUUCGAUACUCUGCGUCGGGACUCAACGCAUGUAUUUUUUUUUUUUUCCCACCAGCACGGUUUCCUAAUUUCUACGACCUGGUUUCCAGACUCGAGGAACCCUACGUCUCGGAGUUCGACAUUUGUACGCCAUUUUCGUCAUACGUGGGGAUGGUGUGGAUCUUGAGCGCGUCCAGGAGGAAAAAGUUGACCUCGUAGAAGGGAAUCCCCCGGAGAGAAAAAAAAAAGAAAUACACUCGCCUUGGAAGACAACCAUCCGUCGAUAUCUUCCUCGGUCGACACUCCGGAGUCUUCUUCGACGAGGUCGAUUUUCGUUCCCCUUCCUGGGGAUUUUUCUUCGGCGACGUUGCGGGUAACGUCGUCGUUGGUUUUGUCGGCGGCGAGAGACAAGGCGAUUCGACUUCUUCUUCUUUUUUUUUUUUUUUUUUUCAUUCGUGCAGAUCGUUUCGGCCUCGCUAACGUUUCGGGCUUUCGGCGGAUCGUCGGUAGGUGGUCGAUCAUCGAUCAUCGAGAUCAUCGACACUUUUAUCUCCGUGAUAAGGGGCGUCAGAGCUCGCCUCACGAAUCUGGCUUUUUAGGGAUCCUGCCAAUGAAUCUCGAGUUUUUCCUUCCCUUUUUUCAUUUCCCCUCGUACGUCUAAACGCGAGCGACCUCGCUACGAGAAACAUCACUUAACGAUAUUUAGUUCCAUGUUGUCAGUCUUACGAGAUUAGCGGAAACUAAUUACCAGGGCACUGGGAAGUAGGUCUCGCGAUAAGAACGAUAUCGAUUGUCGAUCUCCUAAAUUCUAAAUGCGAGGGCGAGUAUAACGAUAAGGGGGCUGGAUUUUGGGUCAUUUUUGAUAACAGCUCUCGACGAUCGUUCUGUCGAUUGGUUUGGUGAUGAAUAAUUUCCAUGAUAAUUCGCCGAGAAAGAAAAAAAAGAAAUAUAUAUAUAUAUAUUCAUGAAUAGCUCAACGCUGGCUGCUUGAUUCAUGAUCUCGACAUUCGAGUACCUAUUUUCAAUUUGUCUCAGAUUCGCUUAGCGGUCGCCCGAAAGUCGCCCAAAAUCCGGCCUCCUCGGUCUCUAGCUAAUAAGUACUAAAUAACACACAAAAUAUAUAAUAUAUAUAUAUAUGUAUAUUUCACAUUAAAUGCUGCCAUGGAGCUAUACCGAAGUAUAUUCUAAACUAUUAUAAAGGUAAACGAAAGAAAAGAAAAGAAACAAAAAAAAAAACACACAAACACACAAUCGUACUGUACAUCGUGCACUGGAUAGAAAUUCUGGGAGGAAUUUCCUUGCGAAGGAACGCUCGCAGGCCGAGGCGGCAUUGCGGGUGACUGAUGUGACGUAAGAGCGCGAAAAGCUAGGGAA